AUGAGCACUGGACAAAAUAAGAUAGCUAAGAAAACACCAGCGAAAAGAGGUACGCGAGGUGUCAAGGCAUGCGAUUAUUGUAAGAAGCUUAAGGCGAAAUGUGUGCCGUCUCCUGUGCCAGGUGAGGUUAGAUGUUUGAGAUGCGAUUCCCUGAAGAGACACUGUUCUUUUGAAGAUUUGUUUACGGAUAGUCCGGUACAUGCGCCAGCUCACGAUGGUACUUCGACACAAUUCAACAAUAACGGUAGUAGUUCAGAUAAUGAAACUGCGCAUGCAGAACUGUUGAAAGCUUUUCUUAAAUCUGGUUCUGCCUCUCCGAGUGUGUUGAAUAUCAACCUAAAAUAUACCAAGAUGAUUCAUGACAACGUUUUGAAGGUACUUGCGCUACUUGAGAAUUCAGUAGAUGCUGGUAGUGAGCGAGUCACCGAAACGGAGCAGACUCCUUUGGAGAAAGAAGCAAUGACUUUGAUGAAGGAAAAGGAACCAGGAAUAAGUUCUUCUCUUGUGGAUGCAGUAUCAAUGAUAACUAGGGAUGGCCCAGCUAGGGCCGCAAUUCAAGAUGUAAGCAGUGGUAAACCGGAAGUAUCACCUUCAAUGGCAAGAAAUUUUGAUGAUCAGAACCAUGCCUAUCUAUCUUCUUCAUAUACACUUAUGUCACAAUUGGUACCGAGAGACCAUCUACCUUUACUGAUAAGGAAACUCCAUGACCAUAAAUUUAAUGAACUCGAGAGAUAUUUAACCGAGGACAUAGUGACUAUGAAUAUAAUAACCCUUGAAGAAAGUUAUAUGCUCAUGCAGAGUUUCAGAAAUAGAUAUUCAGAUUGGUGCUCUUUCCCAAAAUCCAUUCCAAAUGAAAAGUUGGUUGAUAAUAUACGUUCCAAAAACUCAUCUUUCCUUCUUACCGUGGUUUGCACGUUAGCUCUAAGGUAUACCGACGAUUAUCACGAUUUAAAAACUAGGUGCUAUAAGAAUUUGCUUCUUAAACUACGAUCGGACGUUGAGGUUUCUCUUUCCUAUGUUCCUCAAUCGAAAGAGUUUUUGCAAGCUAUUGUAAUUUUGUCUCUAUAUGCUUCCUCGUUUUCAAGCGAUUUCUUAUGCGUUGAUGCAUGGUAUCUUUCCGCAGUAGGUUCACAGCAUUUGAUUACCAGAGGUGUUGCAGGAUCUCUAGUGAAAAAGAACAAAAAUUCAGUGAAUACUUUGGCGUCAACUAUAAAUUUACUGGAUCCAGUAAUGCAGCCUGAUCUCGACACAUUUAACAAUAGCGUGUUCGAAGAAACAGAAGAAUUCGAACAAUUAUCGUCUGCGAGACUUUGGAACCAUCUAUGUCAUUGCCAUAUAAACAACUGUGUGGCAUCCGGUAGAAUGUGUACAAUUGACGAUAGAAGUUUAGAAAUGUGUAAACUCACUUUGGAACUGCCGCAUUCCACGAAUUUUGACGGAAGAAUGGUGGCAGAGAUUGAACUCACUCGGAUAGUUUAUAAGUUUAUUCGAAGUUUGGAGUUCUUUGACAUAUCUGACCAACAACCUUUGAAUACAGUGUUGUCUAAACUUAAAGGUUGGUUAGAACAAUGGAAUUAUUUGUUCACUCAACCUGUGACCCAAUUUGUGGAAUUUAAUUAUCACUAUAGUAUCUGUUUGGUUCACUAUUCGUGGUAUCAUAAACACUAUGUAACCACACAUCCUCCAGACAAUCUGCCUUUGUUUAAUUCUGCAACAAAUUCCACCAAGACAGCUAUAGCAGAUUACUUAAAUUUGACUUAUCCACUGAAGAAAGUUGUUGCAUCAAUAUUACCAGCCCAAGUGUCUUUUAUACUGGAGCAUGCACACUUAGGAUUGACUGCUAUUGUAAAUUGUCCUUUUGAGAAGUUCAAGUUUUUGUCCGACCAUUUGGUGUUUUCAGGUGUACAUCUUGCAUUGAUGUGUUUGCUGUUACUAGAUGAAAGCCACUCCCUCAGCAAAGAUAUCGAUGCAGUUGCGAUUCUUACCGAUGUCAAAAAGUUGAGUCAAAGGUUACAGAAGAUUCGUGAAGGAGAACUCAAGUCUUUUUGGGUUGAAGAAGUUGACCUUCGUAUUCCUAGUGUGAUACUCCAAUAUCACAAGGCCCUAGAAGCUUACCUAAUUGGUAAAUUCUCUGCAUAUGAUAUUCAAAUAGACCCAAACUAUAGUUAA